AGACACAACGAAGUAUGAUCCAUUGGACAAAAAUACUACUCUCUCCGUCCCACUCUCUUUGUCCACUUACCUUUUGGCACACUAUCCAAUGCACUUCUUUAAUCCAUUUUAUCUUGUAAUUUGUAUAUUAAAAAAUUAUAGAAAUUAUAUAUUAAUAAUCUAUAUGUUAAGACAAAUCAAACAAGAUCACACAUGACUAUAUUUAGGCUUACACAUUGAGAGAAUUUGAUGAGUCAAAGUGUUUGGAUGAACAGUUCCAAAAGUCAAAAGUGGAUAAAGAGACAUCUCUUGGUAUACAUCUAUCUGGGGGUGAUUCAGCAAAGACAACAAUAAUGGGAAUAAUGCAGUGUCGAUAAGGAGAAGAGAAAGACUUCCUCUUCCCCCCUUUCUUUCAAAAUCAUUUGACUGGUUGUUGAAACCCUAAUUUCACACGGGAUGAGCAGAGAGACGCCGCCCGAGCCGCUUGAUUUCUUCAUCUGGACUGUUGAGGAUGUUGGUUUGUGGUUGGAAGAAAUAAAUCUUGGUAGCUAUCGACAAAUUUUCAGAGAAAACGGUGUUAAUGGGGAGUACCUGGAAGGGAUGUCAAUGUUCACGACUGAACAGAUCCUACGGUUUAUAAGACGAUGCCACAUGAAAUGGGGAGAUUUCAUAACAUUAUGCAAGGAGCUUAGGCGAAUAAAAGGUCUCUCUCUCUCUCUCUCACACACACACACACAGCCUUUACAAUUCCUAGUUUGUAUUGAUGCUUGCAUGAAAGCUUAGAAACCACCAGGCACCUGCUAUUUUUUUUGAGAUGGUAGUGAAAAAACAAUCUUUAUUGAAGUCCAGCCCACUUCAUUGGUGUUCCACCCAUUCUAGCAAGUAGCAAUUGUUGCCAAAUCCUUUCCUAGCCUUGAACAAUCACCCCUUCUGGCCUGUGUGUCUCACGCUUAGGUCCUGCCUAAUUCUGCUUAGGCCCUGUCUCAUGAAGAAUGCACUCAGGACCAGCACGGCUUGAUGUUUGGACCGGCAGCCUCCGACCUGCUGACCCUACUCUUGUGGGACCCAACUGGGUUGUUGUUGGAGAUGGUUUUACACCAUUAGUGAUUGACUAGUCUUUUUUCUUCUUCCUGGGUGUACGUUGGUGGGGUUGGAUCUUCAGUGGCUUGUUUAAAGGGUGAACAGAAAAUACACAGUCCGUGGUGGGCUCCCUCUUGCAUCUCCAUAGUCUUCGUCAAGGCAGCCAAGCGUAACAGGCAGUCAAGAGUGGUUUCCUUAAAACUCGAACCUUGACGUUUGAGGUUUCUCCCGCCGAAUGUAUACUUUUUUGUCCUUUGGAUAAUGGAGUAUUUUGUUUGUGUUGUGAUUCUUCUAGGGAGAACUCCCAACUGUUUGGAGCCCAAGCCUCUUUCUUCCUCUUUCUUAUAUACAUAGUUCUGUAGUUUUGCUGUCAAAAUCUUCUUGUAACAAAGGUGUGAUCAUCAAAUCAAAUCAAACCAACAUCAUUAAGGUUAGUUAUAUUACAUUCCCACUAGAUCGAUAGUGCUUUGUAGUAUAUGCUGUAACAGUCACUGGUUGCUUCUUUGUUUGCUUGACUUUUAUAACAUAAAACAGUGUGUUUACUUUCACUAUUCAAGUUUUCAAUUUU